CAGGUCUGGGAGGUUGCAUGUGGAGAACGUUGUGUGCUGUGGUUUUUUUCCCCCACUCUUCACUCAUUUCUUUUCACAGAGGGAAUAAGUAGCUGCUCUUACAGAAAAAAGCUACAUUUAGACUUUAUUUUGUUUUGAAACGUUUCCUGUACAACUCAUUUCUGUAGGUGGGGAUUGGUUAAGUUGUGGAUAGCAAUCCAGGGGCAGAAGAAAGUUGCUUCUAGGGUUGCCACAUGGAGGUAAUUAUGUUUCUUGCAUUCCACAGACUGUGAUGCUCCCCCAUGCAGGGCUGACUGCCAAUCCAGCAGGAAACCAAUGUUCAGCCUUGUGCCUUCCACUCUGCCCCAUCUCGCUAUCCCAGGACUUCUUCUGGACUAAUGAACAAAGAUGCACACUCUGAUCCGAUCUUUUCUGGGUCUAUGGUAUGUCUUGGGAGCAUUAGCUCAGACAGAAAUCAAGCUUGUUGCAGAUGAGAAUGUGACACUUCCCUGCCGCCAUAGCCUCGGACACCUUGGGAUACAGAGCUUGGACAUUGAGUGGCUUUCAAACAUUUCUGAUCAUGGAAAGCAAGUUCUGCUCAGUUACAGUGGAGGACAGGUCUACAAUGCAGAAAACCACAAGGGACGUUACAGCUUCGUGUCCAAAUAUCUAGAAGGAGAUGCUUCACUGUUCAUCAGAUCUCUGCAGCCCAGUGAUGCGGGACAGUACAUUUGCAAAGUCAAAAAUGCAGGGCAAUAUCAGUGGAGUUUUAUUACAGUAAUUGUUUUAGUUAAACCUUCGGAACUAGCAUGUAGCUCAGAAGGAGCACAACUUGAGGGAAAAAAUGUGACACUGAAUUGCAAGUCAACAGCUGGCACAAAACCCCUGAACUACCGCUGGGUCCGGGUGAAUCUCAAAGAUAAUGUAGAAAGGCCUGUGCAGAGUACAGCACGCAUCGGGCCAGAAAAUCAACUGCUGUUACAUAAUUUAAGUAAAACAGACAAUGGAUCCUAUCGAUGUGAGGUGUCUAAUGAAGUAGGGAAGCGGACCUGUGAUGUAGAUGUAACAGUGCAGAGUGUGAGCAACACAGGAAUUUUAGCAGGUGUCGCCUGUGGAGUAGUGGUUGGUGUGUUCCUUAUUUUCUUCACGGUCUGGCUGCUGUUUCAUAAAAAGGAGUUUAAGAAAAGAGAAGAGGAAGAAUUCUUUAAUGAAAUCAGCUAUCAUCCAUGGAGCAUAUAUUUCCCUCCCUUCUGAGUUUGGGGAAGAUGCUGAAGCCCCAAAAGCUCGACUUGUAAAACCUGGGUCAUCUUCCUCAGACUCCAGAAGCUCUCAGUCAGGUUCUUCAUCUACCAGGUCUACAACAAACAGUGCCUCUCGGAGUCAAAGGACUCAUUCCACACAGGAAACUCCCCAUGGUGAGCAAAGACAUCAUUGUCUGGAGAAGAUAUAGCAGGAGAUGGCUGGGCUACAAGAAAAAUACAUUUACUUUUCAAAGCAACAUAAUAAAGCCAUUUUCUCUACUAACCUGGACGUGAUUUUACGAAGAUAUUGGGGUUACAUGCACAUUAUUUAAAACAAAAAACUUUUGAGUAGGCUGGUUGACUUCAUUUUAUCUCUCACUUUUGAACUUUUUUACAACUUGGAGCUCUACAGUAUUACAUAUAUUGGAAACGGUACCAAAAAGUUACACCUAUGUUCUAACUUUCAAUAAUAUGAUGUAUUUAUGGAGAACCUAGAUGAAAGUACAAAGUGGAAUGUGAACAAUAAGCAAGAUGCUUUGAAUGCAUUUUCAUAUUUGAACAAUUUGUCACUGGAGGACUUCAAAGAGGCAACAACUUGAUAAAGCAUUGGGAUGAAAUCAUUGUGAAUGGUUUUAUAAGGGAAAACACAAAAAUCUUAUUUUAUAAUAAAAGAACAAAUUGAUAUUACAAUACAA